AUGGAACGAACGAUUGGAAAUUUGGGUCAAGAAAUUCGUCAGCCCUCGAAUCCUUUCGCAAACCUCUCACAAGAAGGAGUUCGACGCUGCCGCAUUAAUACCCUUCUCUCCAUAAUGCCUGAGCUCGACAAUUCACACCAAGGCCUUCCGAAUGGUUCCGUUGAUUUAGGAGAUGGGUAUGUGCUUCUUCGCAAACGAGAACGAUAUGCGAAACUCCCAGACGGUGCAGAUGCACAAGCAAUCGCCAAUUUUCUUGGUGCUCGUCGCAUGCUUCCUCGCAUCAAGAAAUGGGCCCGACUUUUGUUACCCAAUAAGCAGUUUAAAGUUGCUGGACAGUUUCAAUUCGGUGAAGUGCAAUAUUUUACCAGGCUCGCAGUCGAAGUGGAUGAUGCCAAUGAAGAUAGUGACGAUGAAGACAACUGGCAUUUUUUGGACAUCGCUGUGAUCCAAAUGUAUUCACUCCCUGACGAAGCUCUCCUGCAACUUUCUUCCCAGACGGUCGCUUCCUGUACCCACUCUGAGCAAGUCUUGGCUAUUGAUGUCAAGGAUAUUGUCAGCGUGAUCGCCAUGGUUCCACACAAACCAACACUUCCAUCGGGGCUUACAGAGGAGCGUUUUUUUAUGAUUGAAAAGCCGGGCUUAGAUGUAUCUGAUCUUGGAGUUCGCUACAGUGCAUAUCAUGAUGAGGACGACGAGGACAAUGCUGAUGAUGCCAGAAUCGAGUAG